AUGCAGCCCAUAUCAGUUGACUUCAUCGAAAAUCGGAAUACAAUUUUCCGCAACGCGCAAGGAGACCUGCCAUGCAAAUAUGACGUCGGUUCUCAAAAGUUCGUAGCUCCCCCGGUCACUUUCGGUGGAGCAGUGCCCGACGACUACGAAGAGCAGUUGCGGGAGAGUAAGCUGAAGGUUGUCGCGACCAAAGAAAGUUUUUCGAAAGCGCUGUCAGCCUUGAAAACGAAGAAAGCCAAAGACAAGAAGAUAGCAAGCUUUGACCUCGACGCUUGUUACGACUGGAAAGAGAUCACUGAUGUUAUACACGGGGUAGUUACAGACUACCACAAGAAUGAUACAACAUGGUCAAAUAUACGCGGCGCGUUCCGGCGUGUUGGAGAUAAUGCAAAGUCCAUACAGCCUUUCGUGGGCCUCUUGCCCGAUGGAGAAUACAAGACUCUCUGUGGAGGACUGACAUUGAUCUUGACGGCCAUGACACAACACUCCGAAGUCCGUGAGAGGAUGGCCGAGUUGUUGGAAGAGGUGCCCGAGAUCGUGAAUUUGUGCGAACAGUAUCAGACGCUCUAUCCUGGGCGUAAUACGAUGCAGUUACGCGUGAAUGAUGUCUACACCAAUCUUCUUAUAGCUCUUGAAGCUAUAGUGGACUGGUACAAACAAUCUGCCUGGAAACGAGGUACAGACAGUCUGUUGAAGAACAGUAACUACGGAAAACCGAUCGACCAAUGUGUCAAAAACAUCCGCCAGUCUAAGGUCCUCUUAUUGGAAGAAACCCAGUUGUACCAGGCUUGGACUCAGAAAGCCAUACUCGCAACAGCUGUCAAGAACAAUGCUCAGUCAUAUGAGAUGAACUCAAAUAUACUUCGCGUUGACAAUCACGUCGUUCAAGUUAGCGAUGGCAUCAACGCCCUCAAGGAUCAUUUCGAUGACGUGAUCAAGAAUGCUCAGUCAAACGACAAGCGAAGGAUAAGCGAGCUUGAAGAUCGGGUCGCAAAGACGGCAAUCACUCCAGAGCAUCUUAUGAAGGAACUGGAGCUGAAUCACUCCAAGCAUACGCAUGUAGCAGAGGUCUCCACGGUGCUCAGACACGGGCUGAACAGUCGGGCAAAAUAUCAGAACCGCGCAGGCUGGGUAGGCAACACUACCGAGUUCCAGAAUUGGCUCGGCGGCAGGGGAAAGUCUCAGAUGCUGUGUAUCCAGGGCUAUGGCGAGUUCGAGAAUACCUCCCCGCUGAGCUUCCUCAUAGCGCUUCUUUACGAGAAACUGGAAAGCACGCCGCGCACACUCGUCCUUCCAUUCUUUUGUGGGCUCAGCAGUGUACGCUCUGGGCCAGCACUCAUGCUACGGGCCUUCUUCAUACAACUGCUCGCUUCAUGCGAUGCGCACGGAUCAAAAGACGAGGACGGACUCCCUCUACUUUCUUUUCUGAGCCACGAUGAUGUCGCGAACAUGGAAAACCUGUGCUUCAAAACAUACACAAAAGCGGUGGUGCGACUGUUACGCGAGCUGCGGAAGGAGUAUAAAGCGAUCUUCAUCCUCAUCGACGCUGUCGACUUCUAUGAUGAGAAGUGGGGGGACGAGAUGGAUGAUUUCAUGAAGAAUAUGAGGAAGCUCGUGAGAUCAUUCAACAAGGCAGCAGACGGAACGUCGGGUGGAGUUCUAAGGGUUCUUGCAACAGCGUCGGCAUGGUCGGAGCUGUUUUCGUCUCCCAAGAAGCCGAUGGUCCUGCUUGAUGUGCCCGAGCAUCUAGAUGGUUCAACGGACGGAUUUGAGAGGAUUGACUAG